ACACAGUAACGUGUAUUUUAGAUGUUUAGUUAAAUCAAAUUAUUACUUUUACUCAUUCUAUUAUAAAUUUGUAUCAAUAGUAACAAUAAUGAACCAAUAUUGUAACUUAAUUCCUUAAACUGUUACUAAACCACGUUUUAACUUUCCUUUUCUUAUUCUCUCUUUCAGUGUAUGUGUCAGCUGUUCCUCUAGUGAGGGUGAAGCUUCAUGACUCUGCUACUCUGCCCUGCUCUGAGACAUGUUCUGGUUUGGUCAGAUGGACUGAGUUCCAUAAUCCCACUGAUGUUCUAGCUGAGUGUGAUCAGACCUCAUGUAGAUCAGUGAAGGAGGGAUAUCAGAUGAUCCAUGAUCAGUACCUGAAGGGAGAUCUCUCUCUCACCAUCACUGACGCUGAUUACAGUAUGAUGGGCACGUACACAUGUGAGUGCGGUAAUUCUGAACUCUGUGAUGUGCGGCUUCAGGUUGAGGAAACACCAGAGGCAGGGAACAAUAUUUCUGGCAGCAGUCAUACUAAAGGAACGUCCCACGGGUCUGAAUCAGCUGUUUCUCUAGUGAAGGUGAAGCUUCAUGACUCUGCUACUCUGCCCUGCUCUGGGAGAUGUCCUGGUUUUGUCAGAUGGACUGAGUUCAGUAAACCCAGUGAUGUUCUGGCUGAGUGUGAUCAGACUUCAUGUAGAUCAGUGAAGGAGGGAUAUCAGAUGAUCUAUGAUCAGUACCUGAAGGGAGAUUUCUCUCUCAUCAUCACUAAUGCUGAUUUCAGUAAGAAGGGAGUCUACUCAUCUGACUGUGAUGGUAAAGAUCUCUGUGAUGUGGAGCUUCAGGUUGAGGACACACCAGAGCCAGAGAAGAGGCCUGAGAUCAAAGGAGACAUUGACAAACCAUCCCAUGGUGAAGGACAACGCUGGGUGCCUGUGUUGGUUGCUGUGCUCACGGUGGUGCUGAUGCUGGUGCUGUUGCAGAUACUGGUGCAUGUGUCUGUAGCUGCAGGGUGGUAUAUGUUCAAAGCAAGGAGCAUGAAAAGUUCCGAUCAGGAGGAAAACCAGGAGUAAAGUUCUGCAGUGUGAGCUCAGCAUCAGCUAACAGUUUCUGACUGUGAUAUUAAUAUUGAUAUUGAUUGUAUCUGUAAGUGUUUAGUUUAGUGAAUCUCUUUUUCAUGGUGUUCCUCUGUAAGAACAAAGUCUGUCUGGUUUUCUGACUCUGUGAUGUUGAUUAUAUUGAUUGUAUCUGUAAAUGAUUAGUUUGUUCCACUGUAAAGAACAGAGACUGUCUGGUAGCUUUCAGUCCCUCACACACACACACACACACACACACACACACACAGUCAGUGUAUAAACACCGUAAAGACCCCGACACUCUGACACCCCGACCAGCAGCAGCUCAGCUGUGUCUGAUUUCAUCUUCAGCUGAGUGCAGAGCGUCUGAAGCAGCUGUAAGGCAGCAUGUUCACCCUUCAGCUCCUGAUAGAAGUGUGGAGGAGUUCCUCUCAGAGCUCACAGCUCACUAUCACACACACAGUCCUCAGUUCUUUCAGUGGAAUAAGAGCUUUCAUACAGACGUGGACUUUAAAGUGUAUAAGCUGUUACUGUUUUAAAGGAAACUCUGACUGAUGAGACUCAUGUGCUUUAUAACAGUGUAGUAAUGUCCAGUACUGUUAUAAUCUAAUGUACAAACCGACGAGAAUGUUUUAUUUAUUAUAACAUAAAGAGAGAAAAUCUCCCGACUAGUAACUCACCAUUGAGGCCUUGUGAUGAUGUCAUGAUUGUUCAGGUCAUCUGGAAAAUAAGAUUAUUAAAAGUUUCUCUUCUGGGUAAUUAAGGCUCUAGAUAAAGCUGGAAAGGUUCCAUUAGAUGUUUAGUUGAUUCCUAUUAGAGGAAUUUUAACAGUCAGUGUUUUGCUUGAGGCCUGAGUAUCAGUCAGGGUUUGAUUUAAAUUGUUCCAUCACCGUUAUUGUUAUUACUUUUAUUACUGUUACUACUUUCUGUACUUGUAUUACUAUUAUUACUUACUUACCCGCAUUGCCUUUAUUACUAUAUCACUUUCUUUACUGAUAAUAGGGCAGCAAACUAACAUGCAGCUCAUCCAGCUAAUGGCCUUUUACAGUAUGCGUGGUUAAUAUUAGUAAUAGCAGUAGCAGUAAAGCUUUUGCUAGUAGUAUUGUGCCUUUGAUUGCUACAAAUAAGAGUUAAAUCAAUAGAUGUCAAAUAUUUCCUGCCUUAUUUUGAAUAUGACGUCACAAACAUCACUCAGAAGACGUGAACUGGCCCAUGAGACAGUGGGCAGUAUAGAUAUUAAUGUUCGUUUAGAAGUAACAGCUUCAGUUCUUCUCCUCAGGAACCCAGUUGGGAAACAGAAUAGCAGCUCACUGUCUCUUUGUUUUAUGUUCUUUAUAUGUCGUAUUUGAAGCUUUGGUGUUAUGAAUAAAAGCCGAACUAUAGUUGUUAUUUGUAAUUUGCUGAUAGUGCCUAAAAUUAUAACAAUGCAAGGCUGUUAUACUCCUGGGUAAAUAAAGCCUGUUUGAAGGAA